AAUCUCCCCCGCAUAUUUUCUUUUAAGGCCACUCUUCUUCUAUCGCAUCAACUGAGCAAAAAUGGCAAGGCAUAUCGUUGCACUUCCAUUCAAGUCUUCCUUCUUCACCAGGACCUCUUCCAUUCCUUUCCCACAAACAUCUCUUUCCGUCCGCCGUUUCUCUUCCUCAAAUUCCAAGAUAAGCAUGAGCUUGAAAGCUGGAAUCGUCGGUCUCCCUAAUGUUGGAAAGUCCACUCUUUUCAAUGCCGUUGUUGAGAAUGGCAAAGCUCAGGCUGCUAAUUUUCCAUUUUGCACGAUUGAACCAAAUGUUGGAAUUGUCGCUGUUCCUGAUCCACGUCUCCAAGUACUCUCUAAUCUCAGCAAAUCUCAACGUUCGGUUCCAGCGUCAAUAGAAUUUGUUGAUAUUGCUGGGCUUGUGAAGGGAGCCAGUCAAGGGGAGGGUUUGGGUAAUAAAUUUUUGUCACACAUACGCGAAGUGGACUCCAUACUUCAGGUUGUGCGUUGCUUUGAAGAUAAUGACAUUGUUCAUGUGAAUGGGCAAGUUGAUCCCAAGUCAGAUAUUGAUGUCAUCAACUUAGAACUAGCCUUCUCAGAUUUGGACCAGAUCGAGAAAAGAAUAGAGAAACUCAAAAAGAGCAAAGCUAAUAAUUCACAAACCAAAGUAAAGGAAGAGGCAGAAAAGUCAGCCCUGGAAAGAAUACAACAAGCACUAAUGGAUGGAAAACCCGCAAGAUCAGUGUCUUUAACAGAGUUUGAAAAGGAGUCUAUACAUCAUCUCUGCUUACUUACAAUGAAGCCUGUGAUUUAUGUGGCAAAUGUUGCAGAGUCUGAUUUAGCUAAACCUGAAAGUAAUCCUCAUGUUGAAAACGUGAUGAAACUUGCUUCUGAGUUACAGUCUGGGCUAGUAGCUAUCUCGGCACAGGUGGAAUCAGAGCUAACCGAACUCCCCUCAGAAGAAAGAACAGAAUUUUUGACUUCUCUUGGUGUGGAUGAGAGUGGCCUUGGAAACCUUAUCAGGGCAACAUAUAACCUUCUUGGCUUACGUACAUACUUCACUUCUGGAGAGAAGGAAACUAAAGCAUGGACCAUACAUGCAGGAAUGACUGCACCCCAAGCUGCUGGGGUUAUCCAUUCUGACUUUGAGAAAGGUUUCAUUCGAGCAGAGACAGUGGCUUAUAAUGAUUUUGUUGCUGCUGGUUCACUGUCAGCUGCAAGGGAGAAAGGACUUGUCAUGUUGAAUCGUUAGGAAUGAAAUCCAUUGUGGUAUGAUUGGUUCUUGUGUCCUAGUUUUAUUUACACAAGGUGUAUGGAUAUGCAGCUGAGGUCUGAAGGAAAAGAAUAUGUUGUACAAGAGGGUGAUGUUAUGCUGUUCCGGUUUAACGUUUGAUGACGUUGGUUGGGGUGAGCUUAAGAAGUAAUGACGAUUUUCAUACAAAUAUAUUAUACCCUUCACUUAAAGAAAGAGUUUUGUCGUUAAAUUACAGAAUUAGGGAGGUUAAUGAUGAAGGAAAGAUAUUGUUGUUCAAGUAUAAUGAAUUCUAGAAAUGGAUUGAAGUUUUUUUAAUAUAGAAUCUGUUUUUGUUGGGAUGAUUGUAAUUUGAACUGAUAAUUGCUUGUAAUCAAACGCAUAGUGGUGACUUAGAAGGUAGCUCAUUUGGAAUUGGAAUGAUUAUAUAUUUUAUUUGGU